UCUGCCCUUCCUCACUCUCUCCAUCCUCCGCCACUGUACCCACGGCGCCGCCGCUGUGACCUAACCUACUGCUUCUCUUCAAAUAUCCUUACAUUUACUUAUGCCGAGCAAACGUAAAGCUACUUCUCCGGCGUCAAAGCCGGAGUCUUCAUCGGCUAGCAGGAAAUCGAAGAGACUCGCAGCAAAGCCAGAUCCAGUAGUAGCUCCACCAGCUGAUAGUGAUUUUGAAGAGUCGGAACCUGUUUUGUCAACAAAGAAGAAAUCUACGAGACGGACAACUGAAAAAGAAGCAGUAGAUUCUCAAUCGAAGAGACGAGCUGUUGAAAAUUCAGGUUCUUUUGUAGCUGAAAAGACAGAGCCAGAUCCAGAUCCAGAUCCAGAGGUGGAGGAUUGUGCAGUGGAGAGUGAUUUUAUAGAAGAGGUAGAUGAGACGGAGCACGGGACUUUGAAGAAGAGCUUAGCGGCUUCGCCUUCGAAAAGGAAGCCGAAGAGAGGUGAGAAUGUAAAGGAUGAAGAGUGUGUACUUUACGGUGAACCUGUUCCAGAUGCAGAAGCUCGUCAAAGGUGGCCUCAUCGCUAUAAUAGGGGGAAAGCAAAUGGUACUAAGAGCUUAAAUGGUCAAGAUGAUUCAGACCAGCAACUUCAAGCUAAGUGCCAUUUUACUCAAGCAUCGGUUGAUGGUCAGAUUUAUUGUCUUGAGGAUGAUGCACAUGUGAAGGCUGCUGAUGGUGAGGAGGAUUACAUUUGUAAGAUUGUAGAAUUCUUUGAAGCAGUUGAUGGCAUGCAGUAUUUUACUGCUCAAUGGUUUUACAGAGCUAAGGAUACUGUUAUUAAAAGCCAUGAUCAGUUCAUUGACAAGAAGCGUGUGUUCCUUUCUGAAAUCAUGGACGAUAACCCAAUCGAUUGCCUUGUGAUUAAACUCAAGAUUGUUCCUGUGCCUUCAAAUGCAACUUUACAGUUCAAGGAAAAUGCUAAAUCAAAUUGUGAUUUCUACUAUGACAUGAUGUACCUGCUGCCCUACUCAUCUUUCUUGAGCUUGCCACCUGAUUCUUCAAGUCCAGUUAGUUCAUCUUCGACUAUAUCAAGUGACACUGAUGCUGGUGAGGUCAAAGAGCACAAUCUGGAAAAGAAGCUCUUGGAUCUGUAUUCAGGAUGUGGGGCAAUGUCCACUGGACUAUGCCUUGGUGCUAAUAGCAACGGUGUUAAACUUGUUACUAAAUGGGCUGUUGACCUCAACAGCUUUGCUUGUGACAGCUUGAGAUUGAACCACCCAGAGACUCAGGUGAGAAAUGAGUAUGCCAGUGACUUCUUAUCACUUCUGAAGGAGUGGAUGCAGCUUUGCAGCUCUUGUUCCUUGGUAAAAAGCAGUGUUCCUCCACACCCUCAUUUAAAAGUAAUUGAUGAAGUUGAAGAAGAUGAAAAUGCUGAUGAAAGUGAAGAUUCUGGAGAUGAUAAAAGAGGUGAAAAUUUUGAGGUUGAAGAACUUUUAGAAGUUUGUUAUGGAGAUCCAAAUGCAGUUAAGAAACCUGGACUUUACUUCAAGGUUCACUGGCAAGGUUAUGGCCCAGAGGAAGACACCUGGGAGCCAAUAGAUGGCUUAAGUGAAUGCCCGAAGAAAAUAAAAGAGUUUGUGACCAAAGGCUUCAAAGCAAAUCUUCUGCCUUUGCCUGGGGAUGUGGAUGUUAUAUGCGGUGGACCGCCAUGCCAAGGCAUCAGUGGUUUCAACCGUUUUAGGAAUAAAGAAAAUCCACUGGAGGAUCCAAAAAAUCAACAGCUUGAUGUCUUCAUGGACAUAGUGGAUUUCUUGAAACCUAGGUUUGUACUAAUGGAAAACGUGGUAGACCUUAUUAAAUUCUCCAACGGUUUCCUAGGGCGAUAUGCGUUGGGCAGAUUGGUAGGGAUGAACUACCAAGCCCGCAUGGGUAUGAUGGCAGCUGGUGCUUACGGUCUUCCACAGUUUCGCAUGCGUGUCUUUAUGUGGGGUGCACUUUCAUCAGAGAAGUUGCCACAAUAUCCUUUGCCCACACAUAAAGUUAUUGUGAGGGGUGUUAUUCCCACGGAGUUUGAGUCAAACACAGUUGCGUUUGAUGAAGGCCAGGAAUUAGAGUUAAAGAAAGAACUUUUUCUUGGUGAUGCACUUUCUGAUCUUCCUUCGGUGGAGAAUAAUGAGCAAAGAGAUGAAAUGAUUUACACUAAUGAGCCCAAGUCUGAUUUCCAGCAUUUUAUAAGAUUGGGGAGGGAUGGGGCGCUGGGAAGUGUUCUAUAUGAUCAUCGUCCUCUGCAGUUGAAUGAUGAUGAUUAUCAGCGUGUUUGUCAAAUUCCCAAGCGGAAGGGUGCAAACUUCAGAGAUUUGCCUGGAGUUCGUGUUCGUUCUGAUAAUAAAGUUGAAUGGGAUCCAGAUGUGGAGAGAGUAAAACUUCCUUCAGGGAAGCCUUUGGUCCCUGACUAUGCUAUGAGCUUUGUUGGUGGUAGUUCCACAAAGCCAUUUGGUCGUCUGUGGUGGGAUGAAACUGUCCCAACAGUAGUGACGAGAGCUGAACCCCAUAAUCAGACCAUAAUACAUCCACAUCAGAAUAGAGUGCUUACAAUUCGUGAAAAUGCAAGGCUCCAAGGUUUCCCUGACUACUAUAAAUUGACAGGGCCAAUCAAAGAAAGGUACAUCCAAGUAGGUAAUGCAGUUGCUGUUCCAGUAGCCCGAGCUCUAGGUUAUUCUUUGGCCAUGGCGAUGAAGGGAUCUUCUGAAGGAAAACCAUUAAUGUCAUUGCCAGAUAACUUUCCUUCUCACGCGGAACAGAUUGAAGUUUCUCAAUGAAGGAAGUGAAAUUACCUGCAACUAUCAAAUGGUGUUUCCCCCUUUAGGUAGAUUAUGGGGACUGAUUAUUCAUAGGGUGUUAUCAUAUAUUUAUUUGCAUUCAGACAUUGUUUCAAAAAGUGAAUGCUUGCCAAUGUUGAAGUUGGUGAAGACAUUGAGUUUAUGUAACAACUUUAUGCAAGCAUUUGCAUCUUGUUCUAUCUAUUUAGAAAUUGUAUUUCUAUCAUUCAAUUCAAUGAAAUAUUUCAAGUUUGUCAUG